AUGGACAGAAGUAGCCUCUUUCUUAAUAGAACAGCCGUGGUUGCGAAUGAUAAACCUUUCUUUAAGGUGGUUGUGCAUGAUCGCCACACACUUGUAGGCGCCGUCCUCCGAUGCCGCCGACUUGACUCUGCCCGCGACACUGGUAUUCGCCUCUUCCUCCCCUCACCCUCUUUGCCUCCCACCGGAUCCAAGCUCUCGGUCAUCGUCUACAUCCACAGUGGUGGAUUCAUCAUCUUCCGCGUCGCUUCCUCCCCCUUCCAUGGCCUUUGCUCUCGUCUCGCGGCUGCCCUUCCCACCGUCGUCCUCUCCGUCGACUACCACCUCUCUCCGGGGCACCGCCUGCCCGCUGCCUUUGAGGACUCCCUCGACGCUCUCUUCUGGCUCCGAGCCCACACCCUGGGGGCCUCUGCGGAGGGAAACCUCCCCUUCCCGCUCAUCGAAUGCGUCGACUUCUCCCGCUGCUUCCUCAUGGGCGACAGUGCGGGCGCGACCAUCGCCUUCCACGCCUCUCUCCGUGUGGCAACGAUCCAGGACUCCGUGGCCCCGCUGAGCAUCACCGGCUUGGUGUUGGACUAG